CAGGGUGUGAAAAAUUUAUCUUUUCGCACCAAAAUCGGUCAAGACUCCGAGGAGCUUGUUUCCUUGCUUGCCAAAAGAUCAGCCAGAAUAAAUUCCCUUGAAGUGGAAGUGCAGGAACUUCAAGCACGGAUUUCCCAUCUCAAAUUGAGCACAGAGGAGAGUUUAGAUGAUUCUUCCCUUCUUAAUUCCCCAUGUUGCUCAUCUACUCCGUUAAGUUCGUCCAGUUCCUUGUGUAGUUCAAUUGAUGACACAAAGAACAAACCUGAUUUAGGAACAAUAAACAAGAAACGAAAAGUUUUUCAAAGGUGCAGGAAGAUAACAGCUGUCCUUGAUGACGUUUCUGAGAGAUACAAUGAGUACAUUGCUGCUUUCCUUGUAAACAGCUUCUUGUACAGAACAGAUGGGGAAAGGGAAAAAGUACAGGGUAUCAUCUCAGAAGUCGUUGAUCUAAUUAGUACAAAAUCAAAGGGUUCGAGGAAUGGUCUGACCAAGCUUCUUUUGCCAAAAACACUCGCAAAUGUUUUCCAAAGCAUGUGUGUACCAGACUGGGUGUUGUUGUUUUUUAAGCUCCAAACUAGACUCCCAGAUACUGCACGGCAAACUCUGCUGAACUUGACUCGACUAGGAAAGAGUGGGGUGAGUUACUUACCGUAGAGAUUCUUGCAUUAAUUAAAUUUAAGUAUUUUGUUAUUUAUUUUAUUUACUGGUUAAUAUUUUUCUACAGAGAACUGGAGACAUGCCUGUACUGCUCACAAAAAAUGAGAUAAAAGCAUUGAAGAAACUAGUCUUCUCUACAGUGCAGAAAACAUUCAAAAUUGUCAAGGGUCAAGGAUACAGAUUUUAUGCUUUGAAUGUGCAUCUAAAUUCUGUUCUUGCCUGGGCAAUUAGGAAACAGCACCUCCAUUCAUGCAACUCAGAAGACAAAGAGUUUAACAUUAAAUUCAAUGGAUGCCCACUUGGAGAUGUGUUCUCAUUUUAAUAAAUUUUUUGAGAGUUGUUAGUCUUAAGUAUGAAAGUGCAUUCGUUGCCAAAUUAAGCAAAGGUGUCUUUGUAUUGGUUUAUUUCAGGUAAAGACCAAGUAGCUGUAGGCCUGGCACCUAUUGAUUUUAAAAACAAAAGCUCUGAGAGCACUCUGUCUAUUUACCCCCUUGCAAUUGGGAACUGUAAAGAGAAAAGGUAA